AUGAAUGGAAUUAGCUUGGACGCUGAUUUACGUGGAUCAAGCCCAUCAAUGGAGGACAGGAUCAGCAAGCUAAAGAAGCAAUUCAGAGAAAUUGACAUAAACGAGGACAAGCAGUUGACUUUUGAUGAACUUCAUGCUUAUUUAUCUAACUCCCCCUCCAUGAGUAGCAAAACCUUUAAAAAUAUUCUAUUUGCUUAUGCCAUUUAUGAGGAGGGAGUAAGAAAGGUGGAAAAACUUUCAAUGAUGUCCUUCUAGCAGAAAUAUUUAAAUCAUUAGAUAAAGAUCAAAAUUCAUUCAUGACUCUUGAUGAGUUUGUUCAAGGCUAUUAUCAAGCUGAAACGAUUGUGAAAUCAAGAAUUGACGUUUUGAAAAAUAGCAUUAUAGAAAACACCAAAAAGUUAUCUGAUACAAAGCGCCAGCAGAUAGAAGCAAAGGCAAAUAAAGGAAAAAACCAAAAUGCAUUGAGUGUUACUGUGAAAAAAGCAGAAGGACUAAAAUCAGGCGGGCUAACAGGUAAUAGAGCCCCAGUAGUCAAAGUGUCCUGUGAAAAUCAAGAAAUAACAACUCAGCCAGUCCCAAAUCCAACCAAUCCAUCUUGGAAUGAAACUUUUACUUUCUUUGUAACUCAAGGCACUGAAGAUAUUUCAGUGGAAGUAUUUGAUACUGAAAGAGGGUCGUUAACUACUUUCUUAGGAGAAGUAUCAAUUCCUUUCACAGCUUUAUUUGACCAACAGCUUCAUGAAGACACUCUCGAACUGAGGGGCAAAAAGCCAGGAGACAGAAUUUCUGGAUCAAUUCAACUUGCCCUUCAAUGGAUUCAUAAUUUGCCACUUUAUCUUGAUGGAAUUAUUAAACAGUUUGAAGAUGCUAUAAACGAGGAUAAAACAGAGCUCCUUGAAAUGGAAAAAUAUUUUAACGACCUCCAUAGUGCUCUUGGGGCUACUAUGGGGCCUGACUGGCUGCUUCUUAACCCAAAAUUCAAAGAAGCAGAAAUCAAAUUUUCAGCCAAAAUGGACGAAUUUAAAGAGAAAACACUAGGUAAUUGAUAUGAAGGAAACAUUAAAUGGUCUUUUGCGACUCAUAUGUCAACUAAUUUACUUCUGGUAUUAUCAGUUUUGUCAAUGUUUAUAAGACCAGAUUUCUUCAAUGUAAUUCUAAUUUAGCUAACAAUAGGAACUAUAGCUUUAUAUUAUUUCUAUACAGGAGUAGGGGCUGGUCCAAAAUAUAAGAUAGUAUUUUUGGCAAUACUCGCAUCAGAGCUUUAUGAUCUUAUUUGACUAUACCUUAAUAUGAGUGUAAAUUUUACUUAGAACUGGGUGAGUGGCUCAGGAGAUGGAAGCGAUGGAAUUAAAAGAUUUUCUGUGGCAAUCUCAAUUAUAAAUUUAAUUUGUAAGCUGGCAUUUGGAGCAAUAUUCUGGAAGAACUCUAUUGAGAUGGAUUAA